CUUUUAUUGAUAAGUGUGGAAUUUUGCAAGUUCAUGUCUUUUCUUUAAUGUUUUAAGAUAUAGAUUGAUGAUUGUCUGAAAAAAGUUUUGUUUUUUUUUUGGUCUGAAUUAUGUAGAUUAAUGUUGUCUGCAUUAAUCGAUGCGUGAUUGAGUUCUGAAGCUUCGGUUGCGGAUUUGGGAAUCGAUAAAAAACCGGAGCAAGUUCUUAGGUUGUGAUUAAUUUUCUCAGUAUUGGUUUUAUGAAAAACUUGAUUGCUUGGUCAUUUGGGUUAGAAUAUGUAAGUUAUGAUAUCGGGAUCGUUAAUGCGAAUGGUACCGCCCUGCUGGAGGCCUUCCGUUGAGGGUGAAGAUUCUAGUGGAGGUAGUGAUGCUAAUGGUAGGGUUGAUGGCUUGUUGUGGUAUAAAGAUUCGGGGGAACAUUUUGCCGGUGAGUUUUCGAUGGCAGUAAUUCAAGCAAACAAUCUAUUGGAAGAUACUAGCCAACUCGAAUCAGGUCCAUUGAGCUUGUUCGAAAUGGGGCCUCGUGGGACAUUUGUUGGAGUUUAUGACGGUCACGGAGGUCCGGCUGCUGCUAGGUUUAUAAAUGAACACCUUUUCAGCUAUAUCAAGAAGUUUACAACCGAAAAUAAUGGGAUGUCGGCGGAUGUAAUCAACAAAGCAUUUUUGGCGACUGAGGAGGAUUUUCUUGCUCUUGUCAGGAAGCACUGGCUAAAUGACCCUCAAUGGGCUUCUGUCGGUUCAUGUUGUUUGGUCGGAAUAAUUUGUAGCGGACUGCUAUACAUUGCAAAUGCAGGAGAUUCUAGAGUGGUCUUAGGAAGACUGGAUGACAACUUUAAAGAGGUCAAGGCAGUUCAGUUAUCAUCCGAGCACAAUGCGAGUCGAGAAUCUGUGCGGGAAGAGUUGCAAUCAGUACAUCCAUACGAUCCACAGAUUGUGGUCCUCAAGCACACAGUAUGGCGUGUGAAGGGUAUUAUUCAGAUUUCCAGAUCCAUUGGUGAUGCUUAUCUAAAGAAUGCGGAGUUCAACAGAGAACCUCUAUUGCCGAAGUUUAGAGUUCCCGAAUCGUUCGAUAAACCAAUCCUUAGAGCUGAUCCAGCAAUAUUAGUACAUAAAAUCGACCCUGAAGAUCAUUUUCUUAUAUUUGCAUCAGAUGGCCUAUGGGAACACCUUAGUAAUCAGGAGGCAGUUGACAUCGUCAACACCUGUCCACGUAACGGUAUUGCCAGGAAGCUUGUCAAAGCCGCUCUUCGUGAAGCAGCAAAGAAGAGAGAAAUGAGAUACUCGGACUUGAAAAAGAUUGACCGUGGCGUGAGGAGACAUUUCCACGACGACAUAACAGUCAUCGUUUUGUUUCUGGAUUUCCAUAUGGUAAGCCGCAGCUACUGGCAUGGCCCCCUGGUUUCAAUCCGAGGAGGUGGACAAGGCGUUUGCUAGUGCAACAGGUCCUAAACCUCUUUAUCAUUUGCUCCUCGUUAAUCCUUAAUAGAAUUCUCGAUAUAUGUAAGUUACCGGCUUCAGAGUGCCUUUCGGAGAAUUCUCCGGAGUUCACUCUGCUAACAGACACAUGAUAAUCGAAAAAAUAUAAAUUCAUU